GGGAAGUGCUGGGCUUUCAGAUACAAUCUGCUUCUUUCUCCUCACAUUUCCCGUCUUUACAGUUUUUAUCUCCAUUUCCAGGUAAACAUGCAGAGGAUAUAUUUGGCGAGCUUUUCAGCGAGGCCAACCUUUUCUACCUGCGAGCCAACUCUCUGCAGGACCGCGUCGACCGGCUGGCCGUCAAGGUCACGCAGCUGGACUCCACCGUGGAGGAAGUUUCCCUACAAGACAUCAACAUGAGGAAAGCCUUCAAGAGCUCCACCACUCAGGACCAGCAGGUGGUGUCCAAGAGCAGCGUGCCCAAUCCGGUCAAAGAGAUUUACAAUAUGAGCGACAAGCCCCCGCCCCUCAGCAUCCUCUCCGUUUACAGGGAUGACCAAAAGGAAGCACUCAAGUUCUACACCGAUCCAUCCUACUUCUUCAACCUUUGGAAGGAGAAGAUGCUGCAGGACACCGAGGAUAAGAGGAAAGAGAAGAGGAAGCAGAAGGGGCAGAAGCAGGACGUUGAUGGGACGUUACAGCGGGAGGUGAAGAAGGUCCGGAAGGCGAGGAACCGUCGGCAGGAGUGGAACAUGAUGGCUCUGGACAAAGAGCUGAGGCCGGACCACCGACACACCAUUCACCGAGACCGAGGGGCCUCCUCUGAGGGCUCCAUGUCUCCGGAGAACAGGGGUCUCGGUGCAGAUCAGCUCCACUACCCCAACAUGAUGAACCACGCGGGCCACGCCCACACCUACUCCGGCCCCCCGCCCAGCGUCCUGGCUGCUCAGAUGGCGGCGGGCCACCCCCCGCGAGGAGGAGGGGAACAUGACAUGAGAGGCAGGGCCAUGAUGGCGGCUUAUCAGGGGGGGACACUGGGUCGUACCCAUCACCACCACCACCAGAACCCUCUGCCUCCUCCCCCCUCUGAGGCCAUGAACGGAGGCUCCAUGUCCCUCCCACCGAUGGACUACAGUAUGGAGGGCUACGCCAACACCG